AUGCCCGAGCCAAAACGACAUCCGGAGUCUCUGCCCGGCCGCCGCAACUUACCACGCGCUUCUCAUGCAUGUCAGCGUUGCCGUGUGAAAAAGGCAAAGUGUGAUCAACGGCAGCCAUGCUCAAACUGCAUCAGGCAUCUCCAAGAGUGUACUUAUGGUCUUCGAAGGCGGAAUGACCGGAACAGAAAUAGCACCGCGACGAGUCCGGGUCGUCGAGAAACACGAAGUGUGCAAAGCACUCCAUCCGGACCAUCGAAUCGAGAGGGUGAGAUCCGGCGUUCAAGUGAGACUUUGGGACACACGGAAGAAUCACACGACCUGGUAUUUGCGCCACAACUACUGCCUGACAACACUGAUGUAGUAGGCGACGUCAACCAGCACACUCAUGGGACAGAGUUCUACGGCACUUCAUCCAACUUUGUGCUUCUCAAUCAGUUCUUUGCCUACGCACAGCAAAAUCUUCCCCCGGGACAUGCAAGCCCUACCAACCGAAGGGAAACGUCAUAUCUAUCACCCGCCAGUGCAGGAGCCGGCGAUCAAUCCUCUUUACGGGACCAAAACAGCCCGUGGAGAUCUGGUGGUAUUGUUUCCGGGCCUGGUCUCGCUGUUCGGUCGCCCGUGUCCAUUGUAAACCUCCUUGCCAAUGAGGAAGCACUCGAACCACCUUCAAGGCCAAAAACGCCGCCGCAUGUCACGGAGAAUGGACAGAAUGUUACUGGAGGUCCUUCUGGUAUCGCAAACCGCGCCAGGAGUGGCAGUGGAGAGAGUGGUACCAACUAUCGACCGACUACUCAUCUUGCCGCAAAGGAAAGAUCUGGACAAGAGAGUCAUCUUCAAGUGGCCAAGAGAAGAUUAGAGCGGGAGUAUGUCCGAGUAUUCAUGAGCAACUUACAUCAUAUCCACCCGAUGCUCGAUCCAGUUGCGUUCGCAACACGAUGCGAGGAAGUGAUAUGGAGUGUACACACACCGCUUGAGAAGAACAAAGAUCUCAGACAUUUCUUUGCCCUGUACAACAUCGUGGUGGCAGUCGGGGCCCUCAUUGCAGAUUCUAGUAUAAGUCUAGCCUUCGAGGCAGACAUCAACCUAUGCAUGAAACUACCAGCACAAGGCCAGAACUCAAGUAUACCUCUCUCCAGCCAGGCGCUGUCGAAGACGUACUUCAGAAAGUGCAGAGCCUUACUCGGAGAUGUAUUUGAAGUUUGUUCGUUGGAAAGCGCUCAAACACUUCUGCUCAUGUCGCUAUACUGUCAGAACUCUCUCAAGCCACAUGCUUGCUACAUGUACUGCGGUCACGCCGUCCGCACUGCACUCGCCAUUGGCAUCGCACGAGAAUCCACGUCAAGCUCGAAUGAAGACCGCAAAGCCGCACGACGAACCUGGUGGUGCAUCUACUCUCACGAAAUAGACAUGAGCUGCAGUGCCGGUCGUCGAGAUAGCCUUGGCAAGCCUCGAAACUAUCAAAUCGAAAUGCCACAUAUUAAACCUCAUAUCACCAAUGCCCCAAACAGACCUGAACUUGAGAACUGCAGCUUCGCAAUGAUCAACGAGAUGGUGCAUUUCGCCGCGAUUUUGCGACGCAUCUCCAAAGAACUAUAUUACGACUCAAAGGGUUUGACUCUGCUGCAAAAGUCAGCUGUUGCGAAGGAGCUCGAUACUCUUCUCGACGACUGGAAGGCUCGGCUGCCAGAGUAUCUUGACUUCAGCCGCGUGUCCUUCCGUGAAGCAGAGUGGGCAGCGAAACAGAAACUCGUCUUGCAUCUACGAUACUUGAACGCACGAAUAGUGUUGCAUCGACUCUUCUUGGAAGCACCUAUGAGCACGACAAAGGCACAAUUGUCUGGCCACGUCGAUGCAUGUCUUGAAGCGGCCCGGGCAACAAUCCGAGUCAUGUACGAUGCGUAUACUAAUCGGCACUACUUUCGCACGUGGUGGUAUAAUUCUACAUAUACUUUGUAUGCGGGAAUGAUUGUCUUGUAUAUCAUCAUGCUGGGUCACACUGCCGUAUCUGGAAACGAGCUACUAGACGAUGUUGUGAAAGCGCAAGAGAUUCUUCAGUCUAUGGAGGAGGCUAUCGUUGCCAGGCGAAGUGCGAAUCUGAUACGAGAAGGUUUGGAGGUUGCGCGCGCUUGUGUUCAGGGCCAACAGAAUCAAUCUGCCCGACCUGAGGCUAGCUCUGAGCAAGACCAUGACACCUCUCAGAUGGAUGUGAACCAUGUGGCAGGCCAGAAUGGGGACAAUUUCUCGAGAACAUUGUUCUCCAAUGCGGUGCCUGGGCAAGACCCUGCGUUGUUGGCCUCCAUCAUAGAUCCAAAUUUGCUGCAAGACUUUACGGCAGCUGAUAAGGACAUGUCCGGUUUGCAAUUUUCUGCGUUUCCGUUUGACGGCUUUUAUGGCGACGGACUAGAUAUCGAUCUGACAUCAAUGAUGGUUUGA